AUCGCGCAUUCCGAACGGUCACACUGUUGGGUUAUUAAAAUUUGUUGCCUUUUUUAUUUUAUUCCCGCAUUUCUCAGCUGUCCAGCGAUCGCUCUUCCUCUUCGAGACGAGGUCACAGCUCAAGCCUGCAGACGCCGGAAGCCGGAACGCCCCCCGCCCCGCCCCCUUUGGCCGAGGAGACCGCCGCUCGUUGUUGUUUUUGGUCGCCCUUAAAAACCAGCUGCUGCAACUGUGUGUAAAGAAGGAAAGGGAGAGAAAGCAAACAAAGGAGACGGACAGAGAGAGCGAGCGAGAUGGACGUGGAGGAGAAUUACGAAAACGAGAUGCAGAACAUAAAUAUGAAUUUGAGUCUGAAUUCGAAUCCGAAUGCGAUUCCGAAUUCGGAUGGCCAGCAGGAGCAGCAGCAACAACAACAACAACAGCAGCAGCAAAUGCAGUGCGAACCGUUAUUCGGACUCACAACCAAUACAACAACAACCACAAAUCCCAUGAUGGCCAUACCCCUGCCCCCGCCCCCCGGAAUGCUGCCCACUCCGAAUUUGAAUUCAAAUUCGAACCUCAAUUCGAAUUCGAAUGUAAAUCCCAGUCCAUCCGCAAACGCAUCCAACGCAUCCGCCAUCAAGGGUCUGCCCACGAAUGACUUCGAUAUCGACUCCCUGCUGCUGCAACAAUUCAGCUGCAUGGGCACCACGGAUCACGAGGACCUCAUCAGCCAGUUCCAGAGCUUAAUGAACAAUCAGAUGAACCGGGAAUCGGCCAGGUUCUACCUGGAGAUGAGCAACUGGAGCCUGCAGACGGCGGUGGGCUGCUAUCUGGACUUUUGUAGCCUGCAGUCACUGCCCUCGAUGAAGAUCGUCCAGGGAAAGCACCUGAAUGCCCAGCAGCAGGCCUUCCAGCUGCAGAACGACGGCACCGAGCGCUGGCCGAACAACUGCUAUCUGACCUCGCCCAUCCAGACGCAGCGCAUCAAUGUGCCCGCUUUGCGGCCGGGCGAAACUUGUGAUAUCCUGGCCGAUCUGAUGCCCACGCAGCCGCCGAUUAUGUGGCGGCUGUGCACUCCAAAUGGCUGGUACUUUGGCGAUGCAAUCUGGAUGAUUCCGCCGGGCACGCAGGCCAGCCAGGACGAACUGCAGCAGCGGAUGGUGCAGCUGAUCACGUCGGAGGCCAAACCGGAUGUCUAUCCGCAGAUUAACAUCGUGAUAACCGCGCACACCCAAUGAACGCGGCGUCCAGCAGCCAGCAUCCAGCAUUCGGCAUCCUCUCCGUUUUCCAGCGGGGUCGUCGGUCCCAAAACUCAUCGAUAGCAUUUCAUGAACCUGCGCGAAUGUAACAUUUACGAUAUGACUAGACUUUCCCCCUUUUCCUCUUAUUUUUCAAUAGGCUUAAAGUUGUUCUCAGUAGUGGAUUUGUAUACAGGACAGGAUCAAAAAGAAAACAUAAGGAAAUCUUUUAUACACUUGACGCCGUGCAUAUUCCGGAUGAUAUGUAGUAGCCAACGCCAUUCACGUGUACAAUACAAUAUAUAAUUGAUAUAUAUUAUAUAUACCUAUACUUAUACACAGUCCCAUGUUUAACUAGAGUUUGAGUUCGAGUUCGAUUGCGAUUGCCCCCUUCGUUGCUCCUUCCAUUCUUCCACCCUCCUUAGUUUUGGUGUCAGACGGAUCAGCUUUAUAUAUAUCGGAUAUAUCGGGAAGGGGGCGAAAGGGUGCGCGCGCGUUAGGAAGAUAAAUUGAAAUUUAAAGUGAGAAAGGAAGGGAAUUAGAAUCAGAAUCGAUCGUGUGGCCACAUUAUGUUCUUCUGUUAGUUUUUAGGCGGUAAAAUUGUGUGUGCGUGCGAUUGUUUAAUGCGUAAUUAUACAUUUUUUUCUAUAAUUUAAAUUCCUAUUUUCUGAGUAACCGAGAAGCAUGAUUAAGCAGAAAAAAAUUGUAACAAAAUUAGACAUAAGUGUUUUAUUGAGGAAAACAAGAAAGAAGCGGAACGAAUAAGAA